AUGUUCCUUCCACGCGCCUGGUUGCGACAUGCCCAAGCACCGUCGUGGGCUUCUUCGCUAACCUUUACACGCACCCUCACCAUCUCGUCAGUUCAGGGGCCCCUCGAACCACCACUAUCAACCAAGACGCUCCCAGCGUACUUCACCACAGAGGUUCUACGUAAACAUGCCCACAGGCCCGCAUUGAUUUGCAGGAAAGAGAAGCCCCGUUCUCAUGGUGGACCGCCUUCACGGAACCUUGGUUCCCCCUCACGUCUUGCAUGGGACUUUGAAGAGUUCGAUAGGCAUAUAAACGCGCUUGCUCGGGGCUUGCUAGGGAUGGGCGUGAAGAAAGGGGAUAGGGUGGGGGUUAUUAUGGGGAAUACUAGUGCGUACGCGAUGCUCCAGUGGGCCUGUGCAAGCGUUGGCGCUAUUUUGGUGACCGUUAAUCCUGCGUAUCGUAUACAGGAACUUGUCGACGCCUUGAAGCUCGUCGGAGUCCAACAUCUCUUUGUAGUCCCCCGCAUAAAGACAUCCACAUACGUCCGCAUGCUGGCCGAAGUAUUUCCUGAAAUAAGAGGGCAAAAGCCAGGGGAGAUACAGAUAGCCGAACUCCCGGAGCUACGAAACUUGGUGGUGAUAGAUAACGUCGAAGAGGCACGCGAGGAUCUUGCAAAGUUACACAUCAAAUCUAUGGUCGAUUGGCGGGAGGUUCUGAUGUGGCGUGACGAUGCUAGGGAGAGCCGCAUACUGCAGGAAAUCAUGGCAAGCUUGCGAAAUGAUGAUGUCACCAACCUUCAAUUUACGAGCGGUACUACUGGUCUUCCAAAGGCUGUCUCGCUGACGCAUUCCAAUCUCUUGAAUAACGGACUUUCGAUAGGACGAUGCAUGUAUUUGACGGACAAGGACGUGCUGUGUAUGGUUUAUCCCCUCUUUUUCUUUGUAAGACUGAAUCACCUGCAGGCAACGUUCCUCCCUUAUUCCAUUGCUUUGAUAAGUUCCUCUCUGUCAUUCCACCCUCUCGCAACUCAUAAUGACAAUACUAUACGCCUCGUCCUAGGAAAUUUGGCAGCAUGGACCCAUGGGGCAUGUAUCGUUUACCCCUCCGAGAUAUUCAAUCCCGAAGCCAUCGUGGACGCGGUCGUUGAAGAAGAAUGCACUGCCCUACACGGUGUUCCCACUCAUUUCCUAGGCGUCUUGGCCGAGGUCGAGAAGCGAAGACAACUUGGGGAUGAAGUCGAUACAACUAAUUUGCGCACUGGAAUUGCUGCUGGCUCCCCGAUCCCAAUUGAUUUGAUGAAGAGCCUGAUUUCGAAGAUCAAUCUAACAGACCUAACAAAUGCAUAUGGCAUGACCGAAACCAGUCCUGUAUCCUUCCAAACGACGCCCGCCGAUCCCAUUGAGAAACGGGUGGAAACGGUCGGAAAGGUCCAGCCCCAUGUCAAGGCAAAACUUAUUGACUCAGAGGGUAAUAUCGUUCCCGUUGGGGUCCCAGGAGAGAUUUGCGUUGCUGGAUAUUUGUUACAGAAAGGGUAUUGGGAAGAUGAAGUUCAGACAAAGGCUGUUAUGAAGGUUGACGAGGAAGGCACUUUGUGGAUGCACACUGGCGACGAAGGUAUAAUGGACGCUGAAGGUUAUCUUCGGAUCGUUGGCCGUAUAAAGGAUAUUAUCAUCCGUGGUGGAGAGAAUUUAUUUCCAGUGCAGAUAGAGAAUGCAAUGACUUCACUCCAUGCCAUCCGCGAGGCUGCAGCAGUCGCAGUGCCGAGUGAACAAUAUGGGGAAGUUGUUGGGGCGUGGAUUGUCCGUGAACCGGGCACCCACGUCUCUCGGGAAGAGGUUCGCAAUCAUGUCGCGAGCACGAUGAACCCUCAGAACGCCCCGGCAUGGGUGUGGUUCAUCGGUGAAGAUGGCGUGCAAGGUGAAUUGCCCAAGACAGCAAGUGGCAAGGUGAUGAAGCAUGUACUCCGGAAGUGGAGCAAGAAAGCUGUGGAAUUGCAGAUUGGGCAGGUCUCACGCUUGACCCAGUAG